CUUGUCUUAUUCUUUUUUACACGAUCCAUACUACGACUAUCAUGUCUUGCCUACACAUGACGAACAGGCACUAGUCGACAACAUGACAGGUUGGAUUUUGGACAGCACCACAAAGCUUUAUCUAAAAGCACACUUGCUUCUUUGUCCCCGUCAAGACAUGUGCUUUGGAGACCGAUUCAAAAGAAAUUACACCUCGCAAUUACCUUUUCUAAGUUGUGGUCACUGUGACUGUGGAUCUCACUGCCACAGGAAGCAGAAUUGCUGUCCAUGGAGGUCGUAUACUCAGGACAGAGAAACCAGUCCUGAAUAUAUCUCCUACAAAAACCGCGACCUUUCUCAAGACAUCAGAAAUGACAACCUUAGUAAUGUCCAACUUCAAUGUAUUACUCCACAGGUCAAUGGAAAUGCUCCUUUUCAUCUUAGAUCGGAAGACUCAUAUCUCUUCGUUGCCCAGUGCUUACAUAAUGAUGAUAUGGAAACAAAACGAAGGUGUGAAAACAACACUGACUUUCAAGACAUUUUUCUAUAUCAGCCUGUAUUCUCGCUUGCCUCUAAUGAAACGUUCAAAAACAAGGAUUGUGCUAUUUGUAAUGGAGAAACUGUUGAAAAUCUUGUUUACUGGAUACCAAUUUUUAUUUGCUCCUCAAAACGAACUUUCUACCAAACUUACACUUACAGUUGGAUCCAAUCUCUAGUUCACGGAGAGAACUCCCCAUGCAAUAUUGCAUUCUUACCCCUAGAUACCAGAAUGGUAACCAAAUGCUAUAAAGAAGAGAAUUAUGUUAGUACAUGUAACAUUGACAAUCAGCUAACGUCAGUUGAUCCUAUCAUUUUCGAGGCCUGUGCUUCAGACUAUGUAAAUUAUUAUUUGCACUGCCUCUCUCCGUUCCAAACGACUCUAUACAAGAAUAUUUUUUGUGCGAUGUGUAAUUCUGAAUACUGGGAGUCAAAGCUUACGAUCGAAUGCAUUUCGGCAAACAUCCAGACGAAGAAAAACUGGCCGUUUGCAGCGUUUUCGGCAGUCAUAGAUUUUGAGGAGAAUGGAGAACGGAUUCAACUUAAAAAAGAUACAAAAUGUCAACACAACGCUUUCUACGAAAAGGAACUGGACAAAUGCAUUCCAAUUUCGUGUGAAGAUGGAAUGAUUUACAGCGAUUUCAAAUGUGAACCGCUCUUUUCUUUUAUUCUGCAAAACAAUUACGAAAUAAACUUACUUUUCCAACCCAUUCUCAAUAUUUCACACAGUCGUCGUGAAAUUUUAAUCGAUAUCAAUCUUUUUUUGAUCAAGUUUGCAAAAGACAACAAUUUCUACGACUCAAUUUGCUUCUGUACCAUAUAUACUUAUCCACGCAAAACAUUGUGGACACAUGAAGACUUUUAUUUUGUUGCCAUAAUCAAGUUAUCUAUCGAUUACUGGCAUAAUUCCAAAGAUCUCAUUCAGCGUCUGAAUACUGCCAUCGCAUCAUUGGACAGUGUGGCCCUUCCUGGAUUUGUUGUCAGACAUGUCGGACAAUCCUUUCGAACUCGCUACAUUUUUGGGACAAACCUUAUCGAAGGCGUGCAAAAUCCCAUGAAUGACGAUAUUCUGGAACAACAUUCUGAAUUUGUAGGAAAACGAUUAUAUAAAGAUCAUGCGUGCUAUGACAGUGUGGCUUCAGAGCUAGUUUCCGUAGUUGCUGAAUGGUCAAUUUGCCCGAAAUUGAUAUUUGACACACGUGAUGUACACAUCUAUGUAUCUAACUUUUCUUUGUGUUUUAGCAACUUUCAAUUCUGUAUAGAUUCUUUGUAUUUUCGAUAUUCUCACGAUAAAAGCAAUGUAGAAGUGUGUUUUGAACAGUAUCUGGCAAAAAUGUCAAGGAUUUCUUUCAGAAAUUCAACAUCUGAAGGAUUUAAUUUUUAUACUUCGUUGGUGUGCACUACACUGUCGUCUAUUGGUUGCAUUACUUCUUUGGUCUCAAAUUUGAUCAUUCAUAAAAAAGAAAUUAUUCUGAAGAAGAACAUGAUAAUUGUGUCUUCAGUCUUAAUUCUUGCGAACACGGUGUACAUCCUCUCUCAAACCUGCCGCAAUGUAGUUUGCCACAUCCUCGAAUGCUUCAGUCAGUUUAGCUGGUUAACCCUUGUUAUUUUCAUGUUAAAAUCAUGUUUGUCAAUUUGCUGUUUCGGAAAAAAGAAAUCUGAUGAUCAUCCUUCAAAACUCGUUUGUCUGAAUUUCAUUUUAAGCCUAGUUCUGUCUGGGCUGUUGGUGUUUAUAACUGAAUUACUUGGUCAUAAACUACAUCUUGGUUCCUACGGCGACAGCUAUAUUUCCCGCUAUAGUACCAACCUCCCCACCUUGACUCUUUACACAUUCACCGUCCCGGUGGUCUUAUCGUCCAUUCUAAGUUUAUUUGUGUUCUUUUUCAUUCUUCGAAAACCGCAAAAACUCUCGUAUUAUAGUUCUUUUGACUUGCAGAUAGUGACCACGUUCUGUAAAAUGUCUGUUACCGCGGCUUACACUUGGUUGUUUCAUUAUCUGUUUCAGAUUUAUCAGCUGCAGGUAUUUUACACCUUACAUUUCUUUUUUAUGGCAAUCAUGGGUCUUGUCAUGUCUUUCGCCUUUGGUUUAUCCUCCAAAAGGAAUCAUUGCAAUCCUGAACAAGGAAAACUAGAAAAUAAGAAGGUUUAA